AGCUGAGUUUCCGGGAAAAUAAGAGCCGAUGGCUUGGGUCUCUGAAAGCUUCAAACAUUAGGCUCUCUCUUUUCAGACGGACUAUCAGGCGUUUUAACAGUCUGCCUCUUCACAACAUGGCCCCGACUAAUGUCAUUAAGUACUCUUCAGAAGCGGGAUGCAGUUGUCCAUUGGAGUCUGAGCUGCGAGCAGUGCUGCAGCAAAGGAUCAUGGUCUUGGAUGGGGGUAUGGGCACCAUGAUCCAGCAGCAUAAACUUGAAGAGGAAGAUUUCAGGGGAGAGGAGUUUAAAGAACACCCUCUAUCUCUGAGGGGCAACAACGACCUCCUCAGUCUCACACAGCCAGAAAUCAUUUACACGAUACACAAGGACUACCUGCUGGCUGGUGCUGACAUCAUCGAGACCAACACAUUCAGCAGCACCUGUGUGGCGCAGGCAGACUACGGGCUGGAACUCCUGGCUUAUCGUCUCAACAGGGCGUCCGCAGAGCUGGCGAGGAGGGCCGCUGAUGAUGUCACCAAACAAACAGGUUGUAAGCGCUAUGUGGCGGGGGCCGUGGGGCCCACCAAUAAGACCCUGUCUGUGUCGCCGUCUGUGGACAGACCUGACUUCAGGAACAUCACGUUUGACGAGCUGGUGGAAGCCUACUCGGAGCAGGUCAGAGGUUUGUUGGACGGGGGAGCAGACAUCCUUCUGGUGGAAACCAUCUUUGAUACAGCCAACGCCAAGGCUGCCUUGUUUGCCAUCGACCUGCUGUUUGAAAAGAGCUAUGAAAGGAAACCUAUUUUUAUCUCAGGGACCAUCGUGGACCGGAGUGGACGAACUCUUUCCGGUCAGACAGGAGAAGCCUUCGUAGUGAGUUUGUCCCACGUUAACCCUCUCUGCAUUGGUCUGAACUGUGCCUUGGGGGCCACAGAGAUGAGGCCCUUCAUUGAAGCCAUCGGGAAAAGCACCUCAGCUUUUAUCAUCUGUUAUCCCAAUGCAGGUCUUCCCAACACAUUUGGAGAGUACGACGAAACCCCGACAAUAACAUCCUCCAAUUUAAAGGAAUUUGCUAUGGAUGGCCUGGUGAAUAUAGUGGGAGGCUGUUGUGGGACCACACCAGGACACAUCAGGGCCAUAUCAGAAGCAGUCAAACAGUGUCAGCCCAGAGUUCCUGCUGCUGAUAUUUAUCAGGACUACAUGCUGCUCUCAGGUUUAGAGCCGUUCAGGAUCGGCCCUUACACCAACUUUGUGAACAUCGGCGAGCGCUGCAACGUGGCCGGGUCGCGCAAGUUUGCCAAGCUGAUCAUGUCAGGAAACUACGAGGAGGCUCUCAGCAUUGCUAAAGCCCAGGUGGAGAUGGGGGCCCAGGUCCUGGAUAUAAACAUGGACGAGGGGAUGCUGGAGGGGCCCACAGCUAUGGCCCGCUUCUGUAACUUGAUUGGUUCUGAGCCAGACAUCUCACGGGUUCCUCUGUGCAUCGACUCCUCUAACUUCUCAGUGAUUGAGGCUGGGCUGAAAUGCUGUCAGGGGAAGUGUAUCGUGAACAGCAUCAGCCUGAAGGAAGGAGAGGAGGAGUUCUUACACCGAGCUGCCACUGUGAAGCGCUACGGAGCCGCUGUGGUCGUCAUGGCCUUUGAUGAGGAGGGACAGGCCACAGACGCAGAGCGGAAGGUGGAGAUCUGCACUCGGGCCUACAAUCUGCUGGUCAACAAAGUGGGAUUCAACCCCAACGACAUCAUCUUUGACCCCAACAUUCUCACCAUCGGCACAGGCAUGGAGGAACACAACGACUUCGCCAUAUACUUCAUCAGAGCCACCAGAAUGAUCAAGGCAGCACCCCCCCCCAAAUGCAGUAAAGCUAGAGGAAACACUGAGUGGGGUUGUUGGAGCUUCACACAGACUGGUGGGAAGCAACCACUGCUGUUCCUGACUGAAUUCAUUUAUACCCAAGAAGAAAAAUCCUGGCAAGCUUUAUGCAAUAACCAAAGAAAAAAUGCUCUUAAAAAUGAAACAUUACCAAGAGCCAGGGUGAGUGGAGGUCUGUCCAACCUGUCCUUCUCCUUCAGAGGGAUGGAGGCCAUCAGAGAAGCCAUGCAUGGAGCGUUUCUCUACCAGGCUAUCAAGGAUGGGAUGGACAUGGGCAUAGUGAAUGCUGGGAACCUGCCGGUGUAUGAUGACAUAGAUAAAGAGCUGCUGUUACUGUGUGAGAACCUCAUCUGGAACAGAGACGCUGAGGCUACUGAGAAACUGCUGACCUACGCUCAGAACAAUGUGAAAGGAGCGAAGAAGGUGGUUCAGACGGAUGAAUGGAGGGAAGGAAGUGUGGAGGAGAGGCUGGAGUACGCUCUCAUCAAGGGAAUAGACAAGCAUGUGGUGGAGGAUGUGGAGGAGUGUCGGGCUCAGGUGGGCCGCUACACCCGGCCCCUGCACAUCAUCGAGGGGCCCCUGAUGAACGGCAUGAAGGUGGUGGGGGAUCUGUUCGGAGCUGGGAAGAUGUUCCUUCCACAGGUGAUCAAGUCUGCCCGGGUGAUGAAGAGGGCGGUGGGCCAUCUGAUUCCCUUCAUGGAGAAGGAGAGGGAGGAGAUGAAGGCUCUGUCCGGCUCUACGGAGGACGUGGACCCCUAUCAGGGCACCAUAGUUCUGGCCACAGUGAAGGGAGACGUCCAUGAUAUUGGAAAGAACAUUGUGGGGGUGGUGCUGGGUUGCAACAACUUCAGAGUGAUCGACAUGGGUGUGAUGGUCCCCUGUGAUAAGAUCCUCAGAGAGGCCGUCAAACAGAAAGCAGAUAUCAUCGGUCUGUCCGGGCUCAUCACCCCCUCCCUGGAGGAGAUGAUCUAUGUGGCCAAAGAGAUGGAGAGACUGGGGAUGACCACACCCCUGCUGAUUGGAGGAGCCACCACAUCAAAGACACACACUUCAGUGAAGAUCGCCCCUCGAUACACUUCCCCUGUGGUCCACGUGCUGGACGCCUCCCGGAGUGUGGUGGUGUGCUCCCAGCUCCUGGACGAGGUCAUGAGGGAGGAGUACUUUGAGGAGCUGAAGGAGGAGUACGAGGAUAUCAGACAGGAGCACUACGACUCCCUGAAGGCCCGUCGGUACCUGUCUCUCUCUCAGGCCAGAGACAAGGCUCUGCAUAUAGACUGGCUCUCUGCGCCCACACCAGUGCAUCCUCACUUCCUGGGUACUCGUGUGUUUGACCGUUACGACCUGAACAGUCUGGAGGAGUUCAUCGACUGGAAGCCUUUCUUUGACGUGUGGCAGCUGAGGGGAAAGUACCCCAACAGAGGUUACCCCAAGAUCUUCAAGGACAAGACUGUUGGUUCUGAAGCGCGGCGAGUCUUCGAUGAGGCCCAGCGGCUGCUCCACCAGAUGAUUGACAGUGGCAGUCUGAAAGGGCGGGGCCUGGUGGGGUUCUGGCCCGCCCAGGGUGACGGUGAUGACAUCAGAGUGUACCGAGAGGACGCCCCGGCAACCAGAGGCGCCCAGCCCAUCGCCACCUUCCACGGCCUGAGGCAGCAGUUGGAGAAGGACAGCUCUAGCUCCGAGCCCUACCUGUGUGUGUCUGACUUCGUUGCCCCCCUGGACAGCAGUGUGUCGGACUACAUUGGUGUGUUUGCUGUGGGGGUGUUUGGAGCUGAGGAGCUGAGUCAGCACUUCCAGGCUCAGGGAGAUGACUACAGCAGCAUCAUGGUCAAAGCGCUGGCCGACCGCCUGGCUGAGGCCUUCGCUGAAGAGCUCCACGCUCGUGUGCGUAAGGAGCUGUGGGGCUACAGCACCGACGAGGGUCUGCAGGCCUCAGACCUCCACAGAAUCCGGUACCAGGGCAUCAGACCUGCAGCUGGAUACCCCAGCCAGCCGGACCACACAGAGAAGACCACCAUGUGGAGCCUGGCCGGGGUCCAGGAGAAGACCGGUAUUUGUCUGACAGAGUCCCUGGCCAUGCUGCCUGCUGCCUCCGUGUCUGGACUUUACUUCUCCAACCCUCAGGCCACAUACUUUGCUGUGGGGAAGAUCACCAAGGAGCAGGUGGAGGACUACGCCAGGAGGAAAGAGAUGAGUGUGGAGGAGGUGGAGAGAUGGCUGGCUCCAGUGCUGGGGUAUGACAGUGAGGCGUAGAGAGAGAGCACUGCAGUAAACUGGACCACUGAGGGAUCAGAGCAGGGUGCAACACACACACACACACACACACACACACACACACACACACACACACACACACACACACUCACACA